UUCACCCGGAAGAGGAGGACCGAGGGAAACGACGGCAGAGGGAUUGUUGUAGACUGUCCACACAAGUGUGAAGAGUUUCUUUUGCUAUUUAGAUAAUCCAGCGAGUUACGAAACAACUACUACCCGAGGUACAUUCGCAGGAGGAUUCAGCCUCGUCGUGCACACGUUAGAGAUGUCGGUCGCGCCUCCCUGUCGCUCGGCCGCCGGCUGGCCGCGCAGUGGCGCCGUUCAGUUUGGGAACAAAUACAACAGCGGGCCUGCUAAAGCGCUCUCACUGGAGAGGACCAUCAACCUAUACCCUCUUACCAACUACACGUUCGGCACCAAGGAGCCUCUGUAUGAGAAGGACAGCUCGGUGGCUGCCCGGUUCCAGCGGAUGCGGGAAGAGUUUGAUAAAAUGGGAAUGCGGAGGACCGUGGAGGGUGUUCUCAUUGUCCAUGAACACAGGCUGCCUCAUGUGUUACUGCUGCAGCUGGGCACCACUUUCUUCAAACUGCCUGGGGGAGAGUUGAGUCCUGGAGAAGAUGAGGUGGAGGGUCUGAAACGCCUGAUGACUGAGAUCCUUGGAAGGCAAGAUGGCGUGAAGCAGGAGUGGUCGAUUGACGACUGUAUCGGCAACUGGUGGCGUCCAAACUUUGAGCCUCCACAGUAUCCCUAUAUUCCAGCUCACAUCACCAAACCCAAGGAGCAUAAGAAGCUAUUCCUGGUUCAGUUGCAGGAAAAGGCGCUGUUUGCUGUCCCCAAGAACUAUAAACUGGUGGCAGCACCUUUGUUUGAACUGUAUGACAACGCUCCUGGAUAUGGGCCAAUCAUUUCCAGUCUACCACAGCUAUUGAGCAGGUAUAGUUUAUGUCAUUGUGGAACUAGCCUGAAUUGAGACACUUGUUUUUUUCUUUUCUUUCUGUUGACUGUCACUGGCUCAAUUUAAAAACAGGCUGGAAUCAAAGAUCAUCACAUGAGUCGUCUGUAUCAAGAAUCUGCUAUGUACAACUGCUGACAAAACCUGUAUGACCUGUAACUUUUCUAACUAAUCAAUCGGCUUGUAUCGUUCAUGUUUGAAAUGUAACAUAAUAAACGUUUUAUCAACACCAAUUAACACAGUGAAAGCACAAUGGAUAUAGAGACUGCUACAGAGCUUUUUAAAUGGUAUCAAUCCUUCUGAAGUAUCUGAAGACAACACCGAAGACUGCACCACAGCUCAUUUAUACAAGCCAGGAAGGAAAAGGAGACGUAUAACUGUACACAAGAUAUUUGCAUAAAUGAGCCCCUCAUAUCUACAAAGGGAGCAGGUCCUCUUUAUGGAGUCCCAUGUUUCUACAUUAGCCCAGAACAGACAAACCAAACACUGGCGUUUUUACGUUACCCAAAGGCCACCGUAGUUCUCUGACACGCGCUCGAAACUGCGUAAACCUGAGCCGGAGAGUGCAAAACCAGGUACCAGCAGCAGCCGUCUCACUUCCGUUGCUCCUAAAGUGGAGUCAUUGUGGUAAGGAUGGCCUCUGAGUAAGGCGAACAACGUUGCCACUGUUUUGUUAUUCCAGUCUGCCACUAAAUCCUACACACUCCUUUUAAAGGUGCCCUGUGGAGAUUACGUUCACUUGUUUCUCACCAAAACACAUCGUGUAUCCUUGAGAUCAAACAAAUGUGUUGAAUGCAUUAUUCUUUUUCUGAGUAUUUUAAAUCUGGUAUUUACGUUCGUUUUUACUUGUUACCAGUUUUUUGACACAUUGCAAAAAAUAAAACCUGCUCAAAACUUCACAGGUUACCUUUUAACAGAGAAGAAACUAAAAAUACAAAAUAAGACACAAAAUGUCAUUGCCACUAUUGUGUAAAUCAUCUCUUAACAAUAACUGAAUCUUUAAUAAUUAUAUUUUUAUAGGUUCAACUUCAUUUACAACUAACUUGAGUGAACAGAAGUACGUCUCGCUGUCUCUCUGAGUGAAGAUGAGACAGUGUGGAGAAAAAAAUACUUCUCAUCUUUAGCUCAACUUUCACAAAAGAAAAGCUCGUCAUGUAUUUUGACAGGUCACAGGGGUGUUUAUACUGUUAGAAGAGAAUGGAAAUUGUCAUGCGUCUUUUUUUAUAUUGAGAAACUGCUUGUUUUGUAGUAUGCAAGUCUGUAUUCCGGUGCGUAUUAAGAAUCUGAUUUUAUGUUCACACAGGAGGCCAAUGUUUGAUUAAACAAACUACAUUAUUGCGUUUCCUGUUAUUUUAACCUGUAACAAUGCUGUUUUUUUUCUUUUUAAUAAAGCAGUCCUUUGAA